CUCGAUCGAAAUCGAUAAUCGGGCCGAUUGAAAUAGUGUAAAUAACCAAACUAUAUCGAACGAUCGAUCGUCGAUAUAAUUUAACAUGGUUUCUAACAGUUAGAGAAGUUGUAUUGUUAACAACAAUUCGCGAUCAGACCGUAGGGCCAGAAAGCUGAAUGGAGACAUCAGCCAGCAGACGCUCGCAGAUCCUUGGAUUGGUCUCGCUAUGGUUCCUACAAAUCGCGUUGCCCACUGCGCAUGCGUCCUACAGCAUUGGCGUGGGCAGAGCUGACACCACCGGACCCACUGCUGAAAUCAAUUUUAUGGGCUAUGCGAAAAUCGAUCAAAAGGGAUCAGGACUCCAUCUUCGAACAUUCUCCCGCGCGUUCAUCAUAGAUGAUGGCGAGGAGAGGUUCGUUUUCGUCAGCGUGGACAGCGCGAUGAUAGGAAACGGCAUUCGACAGGCGGUGCUGCAGAAACUGCACACGCAGUUCGGUGACAUGUACACGGACAAGAACGUGAUGGUCAGUGGCACGCACUCCCAUUCCACUCCAGGUGGCUUCAUGUUAGACAUGCUCUUCGACCUCACUGUGUUCGGAUUCGUUAAGGAAACGUUCAAUACGAUGGUCGAAGGAAUAGCUAAGAGUAUCGAACGUGCCCACAAUAACAUAGUGUCAGGUCGGAUCUUAAUCGCCCACGGGGAGGUCCUUGACGCUAAUAUCAACAGAAGUCCUUCGGCAUACCUCAACAAUCCGCAGUCUGAGAGAGACAGGUAUAAAUACAACGUCGAUAAGACUCUGACCCAAAUCCAGUUCAUUGGAGCGGACAACAAGCCUCUGGGUGCCAUUAAUUGGUUCCCAGUGCAUCCAACUAGUAUGAAUAACACUAAUCAUUUGGUGUCCAGUGACAACGUCGGCUACGCCUCCAUUCUUUUUGAGAAAGCGAUGAACGGAGAUAGUUUGGUUGGCCAGGGUUCGUUCGUAGCGACAUUCGCCUCCACCAAUUUGGGCGACGUUUCUCCGAACACUCGCGGCCCAAAAUGCGAGUUUUCGGGUAAAAAUUGCUCGGCUCAGUACACGUGUCCUGGAAAAAAGGAGAUGUGCUUCGCUUCUGGGCCAGGAAAGGACAUGUUCGAGAGUACCAGCAUCAUCGCGAACAAGAUCUUCAAGGAGUCAUGGCGGCUGUGGCAGGAUGGGAACGCCAAGGAAGUGAUCGGGCCCCUCCGCGUGGUUCAUCGCUACGUAAACAUGCCGGAACAAACGGCCGAAUUCUACAACGAUACCACGAAAAAGACCGAGAAGGUUCAUGGCUGUCAGCCAGCCAUGGGAUACAGUUUUGCAGCGGGAACGAUCGACGGGCCGGGCUCGUUCGCGUUCGAGCAGGGCACCACCACGGCGAAUCCUCUGUGGAACGCUGUUAGAAAUUUACUGGCCGUACCCACCACGGAGGACAUCGAGUGUCAUGGCGCGAAACCGAUUUUGCUUGCCACUGGACGGAUGACUCUACCGUACGAAUGGCAGCCAAAAAUUAUCGCGACGCAGGUCGCGCUGAUCGGGAACGUUGUGAUCGCCGGUGUGCCAGGAGAGUUCACAACAAUGUCCGGAAGAAGAUUGCGACAGGCUAUCAGCACGGUCAUGAACGACGCGUCCAACGACGAAACCUCCGUCAUAGUCGCCGGUCUUUGCAAUAGUUACAGCGAUUACAUCACCACACCGGAGGAGUAUCAAAUUCAGAGGUACGAGGGGGCAUCCACCAUUUAUGGGCCCCACACGCUCACCAUUUAUCUGAAAAUGUACCAGGAGCUCGUGACGGCUGCCAUUCUCAAAUCACACGUUGAUCCUGGACCCACGCCACCUGACCUCAGGGAGAAGAAUCUGCUCACGUUCGUGCCGCCAGUUCUCUACGACACACCGAAAUGGGGUCGGAAUUUCGGAGAUUGCAUCAAACAACCUCAGAAACUCGCCGCGCCCGGGGAUAUCGUCACAGCGAUUUUCAUCUCUGGUCAUCCGCGUAACAAUAUGAUGACAGAGAAAACGUUCCUGACGAUCGAGAGAUUGACGGACGACGAAGUGUGGGUCCCGAUGGCCACCGAUGCCAGCUGGGAGACAAAAUUCGAGUGGAAGAGGACAUCCGUGGUUCUAGGCUCGAGUCAGGUGACCAUUACGUGGCAAGUCCCGGAGGGCAUCAAACAGGGUGAAUAUCGCGUUAGGCACAACGGCUACUAUCGCUACAUCUUAGGUGGCAUCUUUCCGUACUACGGGGUAUCGAACCAUUUCAAGGUGGUUUCUGGACCAAACACUCGUGGAAGGCGAUAUUAUGGAUAAACCAUGGUGCUUUAAUCCUGAAUGGACUGCUUACGCUUAACUGACGACUGAAUUCGAUUAAAUUCGGUCACGAGGGCCAUGGUGUACCCGUUUAAAAGUACCUCUCGCAUUUCUCUUUUGUACAGUGGUGUGUAUUGAUCUCCUUGAGCCGAGGCCACGGUUUCGGAUCGAAAUGUGCGCGUGGCGGGACUUUUCGAACUGAUGUAUUAAAAAUUGUGAUCGUAUGUCUA